UUUCCCACUCUGUGUUGGCUCGGUGCUGUGGAUCAAGUGACAGUUCAGUUUGAGUUCUAAAGGAGGGAGUUUUGAGGGAAUGGGUCGAGAUAUGUGCUAGAGGUAACCAGAGAAAUGGUCGCUGGAUUGUCUCAUGCAUCAAAGUGGGUUAUGUGGGUGACAAUGACCUGGCUGAGACGGCGUGCCAGGACUGCGAUGGUGACGAUGGUGAUAAUGAUAGUGACAACAGGGAAUCGAACACAGGCAUUCAACUUGAACACUGCUAUGGCCCGCGUUGGGUCCGGUCCUCGUGACUCCGACUUCGGCUUCAGCGUUGCCCUCUGGUCUGACUUCAAAGGGGAAAAGAGUCUGGUCGUUGGAGCCCCGAAGGGAGGGAACGCGACCAUCAGCAAAGGGAAGCCACCCAUGGGGAACAUCUUUCUGUGUGACCUUCAAGAGAUGACCUGUGAACCUGACCCUCGCCUCCCCUUCGUAUCGGACAACGACAAGAGUAAACCUGCCUUGGAUCUCCCCCGCCCUCUUCCCAUGGCCUUUGGACAAACUUUGAGCACCCUCAACAGAAAUUUCUCGCAUCUCGCUGCUUGUGCCCCAAACUACCCGAGGUUUGAAGAAAGCUACCAGACUCGUGGGGCUUGCUUUGUGCUGAAGCAUCGAAAUGCGACGCCCAAGAAGAUUGUAAUGUUCCCUUCAACAGCCAUGAGAAACAACACGUUUCAAAACGCCAUGGCGGGUUUCAGCGCUCAGCUGUUCGCAAAGGUAUCUCGCUCUCUCUCUCUCUCGUGGCGGUGGCGCGACAAGCACGGAACGAGGUCUGGUCCACUCGCGGCGUCGCUGGUGAACUACGGCAGAUACACAGGGAUGGUGAAAUUCUACCCGACCUCGCUCAAGUCCGUGCUGAGGACCCUCGAAGGCCGAGAGACCGGGGCCAAGUUCGGCUACAGUCUGGCGUCGGGAGAUUUCGACGGUGACGGCGUGUCGGAUCUCGCUGUCGGGACGCCGCUCUGUCGGGGGGAGAAGGAGGCGCCCGAUGCAGGAGGCGUGUCCGUGUUUUACUCGCCGUUGAAGGAGGGUGCGGCGCAGAGACGGCAAGAGGUCAAAGGUGAGAUUGCAUGGGCGAGAUUCGGUCUGGCUCUGACCUCGCUCGGAGACGUCAACGCCGAUGGAUACGAUGACCUAGCUGUCGGCGCCCCCUACGAAGGUGAUGGUGGCGCUGUAUAUAUAUUCAACGGAGGUUCCAGCGGCCUUCUGCCUCAGCCGUCUCAGGUACUUCGCGCCUCCGAUUUUGCAGGCAACUUGAGAGGCUUUGGCUUCAGCUUAGACGGCGGUGUAGACGUGGAUGAAAACGGCUAUACGGACAUGGCGAUUGGCGCUUUAGGGGCGGAGUCAGCUGUGCUCGUCAGAUCCGCCCCCGUCGUCACCCUCGUCGGGAACUUCAGCUUCGAGUCCGACUCCAUCUUCAUCGAGGACAAGGAAUGCAUCAAUGAAGAGGCGGGGUACAAGACGAAGAAGGGGAUGUGCGUCAGCCUCGUCGUACGCAUGGCUUACAAGUCCAAGGAGCCGCUGGGGAAUCUCGGUAGGUCGAACCGAUCUGUCGUCAACCAGGCACUCCGCGCUUCCCUCUCGGUGUAUCUCCUUCCUCCUAGUGAGUCAGAGGGGCGUGAGGGCGCGGUGCCGCCGAUUCUGGAUGCCCUGAGCCCUACCAACUUCAGUGCCUCCGUCGUGUUCACCUGUAGGGACGAUGCAACGUGUUUUUCCAAGCCCGAAUUGAUUCUCGGGGGAUCGGCCGAAACCCUGAUAAUCGGCAAAGACAAGCUGGACGUGGGUAUCCAACUGCGGGUGAGGAACCACUCAGCGCACGCGGUCGAGAUCCACCUCCAGCACCCGACGCCCUUGAGGUACCUGUCGGCGAAGGGGGAGGGGGUCCGACUGCCCGACUGCCGCUACCAAAAUUUAAUCGGCGUCCUUAACCCUACGUCGCUCCUGUUGUACGUUUAG